AUGCCCCGGAAAACCAGAGCAACCACUUCUACUGCCGCCGCUCGUCCUGGUGACUUUCCAGACGACCCCCCGCCUUCCAACUCGCUUUUACGACUUGUCCUCAGACGAUGAGGAAGGCGAGGUCGACAACGGCGAUGAUUCUGAUCUAGAUUACGUGUCCCAAGAGGACACUACUAUAGAUCCAGAUGAGCCGUUGUCGGCCUAUUUGGAGCGACGGCGGGAGAAGACGGCUCCCGGACAACCUGGGUUCCGGUGGAGGAAGAAGGAGAAUGUCCCCAGGCAGUUUGGUUUUGACGUCCAUCCUGGUGUCAACAUCCCCGAGCUGGACGCCGAUUCCAGCCCGCUGGAGAUAUUCUCCUACUUCUUCACCGAUGAGCUCAUGGAUGUGUUCUACCGUCAAAGACCAGCCCCCAGUUCUGUCUCAGAGCUUUCAGUCUACAUUGGCCUUAGGAUGGCCAUGGGACUGACCAUCAAGCCUGAGCAGAGGGGUUACUGGUCGACCAACCUCUACGACUCCACGCCCCUGUUCCCGGAGACUAUGCCGAGGGAUCGUUUCGAUCAACUGAGCCGAUUCCUCCCCGUGGCGGACAACGAGGGGAGUCAUCCCCCCGAUGACCGCCUGUGGAAGUUGAGGCCAGUGAUCGAAAUCUUCCAGCGCAAGCGCGCGCACUUCGGGGUGAAGGUUUAUAAGCUCGCGGUCAGUGAAGGCCCGAACCACGGCUACAUAUGCGCCUUCGAAAUUUACAUGGGCAAGGACAAAGGCGAAGUACCUGCAUCCCAGAGGGCUGUCGUCAACUUGAUGGGCGCCGCUGGCUUAUUUGAUAAGGGACUUGGGGGCACGAAUGCGGUUGGCACGGUUCGUGUCAACCGAAAAUUCAUGCCCAAAGAUCUGCAGGUAAGAGCCAGCGGAGAUGUGGACAGUCAGAGCACGUCAACAGACAUGUGCCUUCAAUGGCGCGACAAGUGUGUUGUAACGAUGCUCUCGACUGUUCAUAGAAGCGAGAUGGUCGCCACCCUGUCCCAGAGUGGUACUGCCCGGCGCAAACCACAAGUAGUCGCUGACUACAACGAUGGGAUGAAGGGGAUCGAUGUGAGUGAUCAGCUGGCUCAAUCGUACCCGACCUCUCGCAAGUCCCUUAAGUGGUACAAGAAGGUCUUGUUCAACCUUAUUGACAUGGCAGGCAACUCCUUCGCUGUGCACAAGGCACUCGGAGGACGGUUGACUCAGCUGAUCUUCCGGAGGACGCUUAGCAAGGAUCUCUUGCGGCGAGGAGGCCAUAGUCGAGAUCUCAGGUCACAGUCCCGGUCCCGCUCCCACUCCCCGCCUCUGGCUCCGGCUCUUCAGGGUCUACAUUGCCAGAUACAGACGCCCCACGGGCGAUACCGCCGCUGCAAACUGUACUACAGUCGUGGCGUGAGGAAGAUGACCAAGAUGAUGUGUUCAGGGUGUGAUGUUUCUCUCUGUGGGGUUCCCUGCUUUGAGGAAUAUCACAUCCUGAACGCAUACUAA